AUGUCAUCGGGACCGGUGAAAUACGUGCGAUAUCUUCUCUUCGCCGCUGCGGGUUUGGCAGUUUUCUUUUUCCUCUCUAGAAGCGCAAUUCCAAUCCCCGAUUCCAUUGGCUCGAAAUUGAACCCGGCCAGCUACAAAGAUAACUCUGCCUCUUCCCCGUCCUCUCAUGACAAUGCUGCUACCCCGAAGGAACAUACCAAUGACGCUUCAGGGAGCGUAGGCACCCCUCAGGGUGGUCGGGUCAAUGCUACAUUUGUCACGUUGGCGCGCAAUUCGGAUGUUUGGGAUAUUGCGAAGUCAAUCCGGAGUGUCGAAGAUCGCUUCAAUCGCAACUACCAUUAUGAUUGGGUAUUCCUGAAUGAUAAGGAGUUUGAUGACGAAUUCAAAAAGAUCACCACGGCUCUGGUUUCCGGUACCACCCAUUAUGGCGUCAUUCCAAAGGAACAUUGGUCGUACCCUGAGUGGAUCGAUCAAGAGAAGGCGAAAAAGGUGCGUGAGGACAUGGGCCAAAGGAAAAUCAUCUACGGUGAUUCCGAGAGUUACCGACACAUGUGUCGUUACGAAUCUGGGUUCUUCUUCCGGCACCCUUUGAUGCUGAACUACGAGUACUAUUGGCGUGUGGAGCCCAGCAUUGAAUUGUUCUGCGACAUCAGCUUUGACCCGUUCCGAUUCAUGAAGGAAAACAACAAGAAGUAUAGCUUUGUUCUGAGUCUGUAUGAAUACUUCGAUACUAUUCCUACCCUCUGGGAUAGCGUGACGAAGUUCAUGAACAAUCACCCUGAACAUAUUGCGGAAGCGAACUCAAUGGACUUCUUGAGCGACGACGGUGGAAAAACCUACAACAAGUGCCAUUUCUGGUCGAAUUUCGAAAUCGGACACUUGGAAUGGCUCAGAUCCAAGCCAUAUAUGGAUUACUUCGAAUCUCUUGACCGCGAUGGCGGCUUCUUCUAUGAAAGAUGGGGCGAUGCCCCAGUACACUCUAUUGCUGCUGGUCUGCUCUUGGAAAAGGAACAGAUCCACUUCUUCAAUGAAAUCGCCUACUACCACAUCCCCUUCACCCACUGUCCGACGGGUGAGCAAUUGAGACUGGAUCUUAAGUGCCACUGCAAUCCCAGCGACAACUUUGACUGGAAGGGUUAUUCCUGCACUUCCCGCUACUUCCAUGUUAAUAACAUGAAAAAGCCCGCGGGCUACGAGAAUGAGAGUUGA